UUAUUCAUAAUAGCCUCGUUUUUGAUUCAUAGUAUUCACAUCUUACAAGAGCCUGGACUGAUAACCUUAACUCCUCGUCUUGAUUCAGCUACAGACAGCUAAAAUGUUCCAAUUUCAAAAAAAUCUCUUAAAUAUAAUAACUUAAGUUGAAAGAGACUCAAGUGUAAAAAUGCCUCUACAACUUCUUGAGGGGAUGACCAGCAGGAAAAGAAGACCUAACUGGACAGACCAGGAGUGUCUCCUUCUCGCCCAGUUAAUGCAGGAGAGGAGAGAGAUAAUCAGAGGCAAGUGCAGCACUGGAAUAUCCGUACAAGACAAGAGACACGCCUGGGAGGAAAUCACCCAAUCCAUCAACACGGCCUUCCCACAGAUUCAGCGAACAGUGUCGGACUGCAACAAAAAGUGGGAAAAUCUGCUGGCAAAGUCGAGGGAGGAGAUCAAACGACAGGGAAGGCAAGCAGAUGAAGGGAUGUCCCCUGAAGAAUUCAGCACUGUGACCCAAAUCGUGAUUUCUGUGAUGAACCUCUCAGAUAUGCUGCAGCAAGAUCGAGAGGACUCUUCAGUGUCAGACUUUGUGGAAACUCCUCAAAACAGCUGUGAUCAAAAUGGAAACGACCACCAAAGUGAUGAAGGUUUCCCAAACAAACGUCCACUGACUGACCACGAGUUCCUCUCCUAUCCACAUUCAUCCACCUCUCCAGCAGAGCAAAAGUUUUCUGCUUUUACAAAUAUUCCUAAAUCCCUUGCAGUACAGUUCAGUACUCCCUGUGCGGCCAUCUUUACUGCAUCUGGAGAACACUCGUAUACUCCUGGCUCUACUUCUCCAACCUCGGUGCACUGCACAGCUUUGCAGGAACGAGUGGAUUUGGAAAUGUCUGUGCUGCGAAGACAAGAGGCUGUCCUCAAGCUGCAAGAGGAAUAUUACACGCUAAAAAUUAAGCUGAUGAAGAAGAAAUUGGAAGAGCCACUCAAAAAGGACUAACACAAUUGUAUUAAACUCAGUUGCAGCCUUAUGUGCAGCCUGUGAAAUGUGGCUCGUGGAAAUACAAUGAGUGUUAUGAUUUGUCAGGUUUACAGAUUAAAUCUGUAAUGUUUUAUGUAGUAGAGAGGAGGGAAACACCAAAAACACUUUAUUAAGGGCGAAGAUUCAUUCCUCAUUCUGUUGUUGUGAGAUUCUCAUCAGGUUUGUCCGAUUAUGCUGAAUAAUAAUCUUCAUGUGACCUGAUCUGUUGGUAACAGGUGAAAUAAAAUUCGGAGGAUAUUCUGCAUCCACAGUGUUAUAUGUAGUUUUGUUGCCAAAUGAAUGUGUUUUUCAAUGACUCAGAUUGUAUUCAAUAUUUAUUCCUGUACGAGUCAAAAGAGUAUUGUCUUUCCUGUCUGUCUAUCUGUCUGUACAGAGCAACCAGUAUUGUGAGGAUGUUUGAGUGAGGAAAUAAUUUUUGUGUUUUUUCUUCAGUGGUGUCUUUAGGAGAAAGUAUGUUUUAUGACUGACUGUCAUCCUUGUGCAACAUUGUUAUAUACAUUAAAUCUGUAGCACAAUGGAAGUAUAGGGAUUCAUAUGUAUUGCCUAACAUUAUUAAAUUUAGUGUCAUAUUGAAAAAAGAAAACUACAGCAGAAUAAUAAAAUCAAAACUGGGAUUGUAUUUGAUUUAAACAAAUGUGACCAUGUAGAGUGAAAUUCUGGUCCAAUGUAAAUCAGUGGUUGCUUGAGUACAUGAGUAAGUUUGUAUUGGAAACACAGAGCAGCUUUUGAUUAAAGUGUAUGUCAUAAGUGUGAUGUAUGACCUUACCAUCGGUUAAUGUUGACAGAUGACUUUUUAAUAAAUAGGCUAAUGCAUCAUGCAAUACAAAGUAACUGUAGAAUUUCACAUACUAAAUUGUGUAAUUCUUGAAGUUGAUUUAUAUUUUGUAGAAACCAUAAUUUGUGUUUUUUCUGGCCUGAAAUUCCAAUUCAUUCCAGUAGCUUUAAACUGGGAGACAUUUUGUUUAUUUACUGAUUCCUGCCAUUUACUCCUAAGUGCAAAUUCUAAAGUUGUAAAUGUUUGACAUAUUCCAAUAAACAUAUUUAUGAAAAUUUAACUUGAUCCUGCCAGUGAGAGUAAAUCCAAACUAAUGUCCUGUCUAGACAAAUGUAGUUAUUUGUGUGUAAUAUUCCUCAUAAAUCCAUUUAUUUGUAAGUGACUGGUGUUGGCACUCAGAUGUAAGUGGUGGGGGCCCAGAGUGUUGAAUAAAAGUCUGUUAUUUGC